AUGCCCAGCGAAUUGGAGGAAAUGUUUGCGAUGCUGCUCGAUAGGGACAAUCCUGACAAGGAUGAGACCAUCUUGACUUUGCAGUGCGUCUUGUUCGCAAAACGACCAUUAACACCGGAGGAAAUCUAUUUUGCUAUCAUAGCCGGGACAAAUAGCCAAGCAUUGGGCAUGUGGAAUUCUUUGCAGGUAACGACUGAUGUCAUUCGUCGGCGCAUCAUCAGUUCAUCCAGGGGGCUUGUUGAAAUACACAAAGACGAAAAGGAAACAGUGCAGUUUAUUCAUGGUUCCGUCAACGACUUUCUAGUUCGUAACAGCAGGUUACAGAAGCUAGACCCGGGGCUUAUACCAGAUCCCAUUGCUGAAAGCCAUGAUCGCCUCAAGGGCUGCUGUAUGGCAUACUUAAUGAUGGAAUCACUAGAACUGCAAAACAUCGAAGGAAUAGAAUCUCGCUUCCCUUUCCUCGAAUACGCUUCUCGCUACUUGUUUGAUCAUGCCGAAGAAGCGACAUCGGUGGGCCAAGCUGAGUUACUACGGACUUUGGAGCACGACACCGUUUUUAAGCGAGUGGAACGUUUUCAUAACUAUUUCGUGGAUUACGGUCAAAACCGCGCGCCUCUCAACUUACUGCAGAUCCUGGCGGCCCGUGGGCUCCCUAAACUAGUAGUGAGUCUGCUUGAUGGGGGAGCCAACAUUAAUGCUGAAGGAGUACCUUGUGGGACUGCGCUAGAAGCGGCUAUGGAGUUUGGAAGCGAAGAGACUGUUCAAAUGCUGAUUAGCAAGGGAGCCAAAGUUAAUCCUCGUGGAAGGCCCUAUGGUCAUACAAUGCUAUCUAGGGCAUUCAAGAAGGGCAACAGAGUGAUUCUAGCCAUGUUGAUUGACAGAGGAGCCACACUUGGCACCUUGGAAAGAAUUGUCGACGGCAGUGUGCUUCAUCACGCAGCAGAAACUGGUGAUAAGGAUAUCAUAGCAAUGGUGCUCGACAAGGGAGCAAAGGUCAAUGCCCUAGGACUCGGGGGUAACGCUCUCUGCACAGCAGCGAAUGAAGGGUAUGAAGAUAUCGUGGAAAUGCUUCUUGAGAAGGGAGCCAAGAUUCAUACUCGAGGACUUGUCGGCAGCACGCUUGCAUUCGCAGCGUCAGGUGGAAAUAUGGAGAUUGUGAAGUUGCUUCUUGAGAAGGGAGCAAAGAUUCAUACUCGAGGACUUCUCGGCAGCCCGCUUGCAUGCGCAGCAAUAGAAGGACACAUGGAGGUCGUGAAGUUGCUUCUUGAGAAGGGAGCCAAUGUUAACGAUCGGGGACUUCUCGGCAGCCCGCUUGUAUGCGCAGCAUUAGAAGGAUACAUAGAAGUCGUGAAGCUGCUUCUUGAGGAGGGAGCCAAUGUUAACGAUCGAGGACUUUUCGGCAGCCCGCUUGUAUGCGCAGCACGGAAUAAACAUGUAAAGACGGUGGAGGUGCUUCUUGAGAAAGGAGCAAAGACUAACGCCGGGAGAGGACUUUUUGGUAAUGCACUGCAUGCAGCAGUAACGGGAGGGGACAGAGAGAUUGUGGAGAUACUUCUUAAGAACGGAGCAAACGUCAAUGCUCGAGGACUUAUAGGCUAUACAUACCUACUUUUCAAGCCCACUAUGGAAAGAAUGGAGAUUCCGAAGAUUCUACUUGAGGGGGGAUUCAAGGUCAAGUCAUGGGGGAAAUUUUAUGGAACUGCACUUCAGGCAGCAGUCGCCACAGGGCAGGGAGAAGAGAUGAUACAGCUGCUGCUCGAUAAAGGAGCAAAAAUUUAA